UACUCCACUCCAUCUAUGAAAUCUCGAGUUCUGCAGUCUUUGCGAGAGGAGGAAGAUUUGACUUGGUAUCACCCGUACGGCCCUCUCACUCCUCGAAGCCAGCAAGAAUUCUCGGAUCCUGAGAGGGACGGUGUAGAAAUGAACCAAAAGGACACAAAUCCAUCAGAGCCAGUCGUGGUAGGACCCCUGGAGGUAGUUACUGUAGACCAGAGGCUCCACCAGGCCAACUGCUCCUCCAGAAAAACCGUGGGGGACGUCCAUCCCGAUGUCUCCGGUCCUAUAGGGCUCAGGAAUCCGUGUAUAGAACGAUCCGUGGACACAGAAACCGCCUAAAGCUUCUCGCGGGCAUUACACCAUACGACAGACUGUAUUUAGUGCUGCUAUUUCUAUUGUGGAUAACUACUACUUUGGGGACUCUAUUAUCCAUUUAGGUUGUUCUCUGCUUUUCAUUUCAUUUUUUGAGAGAUUUUGUCUGUCUCAUUUUUUUCAG